AUGGGCGUCGACGAAAGACCCAGACAACCGAAAGAUCCUGGGGAACGAGGAGACAACAUCGAGUUGGAGAGCCCGGGGAAUGGGGUGACGGUGGAAGAAUUGAAGAAACACACCAACUCCGAGGUCGGCGUCUGGGUCGCCCUUAACGGGAAGGUGUAUGAUUUGACGGGUUUCAUGGCCGUCCACCCGGGAGGAAAAAAAAUCAUAGAGAAGUACGCGGGCAAAAACGCAUCCUCAAUCUUCAACAAGUUCCAUGGGCCGGACUUCAUCGCCAAGUACCUCUCAGCGGAAGAAUGCUUGGGUCCGCUCAUUGGACACCUCGAGGAAGCAGAUGAUGUCACCGAAACCGGCGACGACCACCAGAGACAGAUGUAUAAAGAAAACCUCCCGCCACUCAGCGAGAUCUUCACGUUGACAGAUUUCGAGUACAUAGCGAAGAAAGUCUGCUCGCCGUCGGCGUGGUACUACUAUUCCCUGGGGGCCCAGGACGAGAUCACUUUGAGAGAAAACCACAACGCGUUUUCCCGUAUUUUCUUCAGGCCCCGUGUGCUCAUAGACGUGCCUCUGGUGGACUUGUCUACGACCAUGUUGGGCACACCCACCGGCGUGCCUUUCUAUGUCUCCGCAGCGGCACAGGCCAAACUAGGCCAUCCAGAUGGCGAGCUUUCCAUUGCGCGUGGAUGUGCAAGUGCUAACGUGAUCCAGAUGAUCUCCCAUUACUCUUCGUAUUCUGCCGAGAACAUCGUGAAGGAGGCCACGCAGGGCCAAAGCCACUGGUACCAGCUAUAUGUGACUGGCAAAGACGCGGCCAGACAUACCAUUGAGCAGGUGCAGAACUUGGGUGUGAAGGCGCUAUUUGUCACGGUCGACACGCCAGAGCUUGGCCGCAGGGAAAAGGACAUGAAGCUCCGUGCUCGUUUGGAGAGAAGAAUCAGCGCCGGUCUGUCGACGGACGAAAAACGUACCGCUGCAGGCUCCAGUUCUGGAAACAUUGACGAAAACCACACGGCAAAAAAUAGUGGGGACAGCGCCGGAAACGGGCACGAGGACUUGAAGUCCAGUGUUGUCUAUGGCCGAGACUUGCUGGUCACGUGGAAGGACAUCAAGGAGUUCCAGCAGUGGUCAGAUCUUCCCCUUGCAGUAAAGGGUGUCCAGUGCGUGGAGGACAUAGUGCUAGCUGCCGAAAACGGUGUUGAUGCGGUGGUGCUCUCCAACCACGGCGGCCGCCAGUUGGACUACUCCAGGGCACCUGUAGAGGUGUUGGCCGAUGUCAUGCCUGUUCUUCGCCAGAAAGGCUUGCAAGACAAAAUCGAGAUAUACGUCGAUGGCGGUGUGCGCCGGGGAGGCGAUGUGAUUAAGUGCUUGGCGCUCGGCGCCAAAGGCGUGGGCUUGGGCCGCGUGUUCUUGUAUGCCAAUGCUUGCUACGGCGAGGCCGGAGUCCACAAAGCCAUCGAGCUUUUGAAAGAAGAAAUGCGCAUUGACAUGAGGCUACUAGGUGUGUCCAGCGUGCGGGAGUUGGGCCCCCAGCACUUGGACUUGAGAAACUUGCAUGCUCGUCUGGCGCCUUGUGAUCAUUUGUAUUACGGCAACUAUGAGCCGUUGUCUCCGCCGCAGUUUACUCAUGAGGAGUGA